CGCGACAUUACUCGCACGGAAAGCCAGCCGAGCACGCCGGUCCCUGUCUGCUGCCAUCGCUCGCCCCGUCCGGCGUCUUUGGAAGCGGAUGAAGCUAGGCAGCUCGCCAAAGCCCUGCAACCUACCGCUCCUCAACAUCAACUACUCCUUCCUGUGCUGAACUGCAGACCAUAACACCUGUCGGAGCACAGCAGCGCGCCUCGGAGGAGAUGGGCUCCCCGUCCUACCGUCUCGCGGCGGCGAUCACGAUCCCCUCGACGGGCGAGUUCCUCGUCGUCCGGCAGCCGCGCCCGCCGUCCCCGCCCGCGGAGGAGGGGGAGGACUACCGGCGCUUCGUCGACAGCGACCUCUACGACCUCCCGUCCGCGCCUCUCGAGCCCGUCGCGGGGGAGCCCCGGUCGGAGGUGGCCAUCGCCGGUGCGGACUCCGUCGCAGGCCUCGACCUCUCACGCUUCGACGUGUCCGCCGCCCUCGAUCAGAUUUUUGACCGAUUUGGCUUGCCUGAGGGGAUGCGUGGGGAGUGGCGGCUCCUGAAGUACGUGGAGGAAGCAGAGUUUGGCCCGGACGCUGGCGUCAAGACGGUGUUCCUCAUCGGGUCGCUGUUGUCGAAAUUGGAUGCUCUACCAGAGUCAUGUAAAUGGAUGACCAAGGAGUGUGCAUUGGGGCUGCUUUCUGAAGCGAAGCCCGGUAGCGAUCGCAUAGGGCAGUAUGCAUAUAUUGGACUUCUUAAUUCUGAGCUGUCAUCAAACAGCACGGCUGUCCCUGCAUUGCCCUCCCAGGAGUACCCACCUGGAAUAACUCUUGUACCGAUGAAGAGCAAGACAUUGCAGCCAUUCCGCACAACUAAUCUUGUGGUAGUACGAGCAACCAAUGCUUCUGGUGGAUCUACAUGUUCUGACUUUUUUGCUUGUGGGGAUGCUCUACUGUUAGAUCCUGGAUGCAGCUCUCAGGUUCAUGCAGAGCUUGCAGAUCUCGUCGAUUCACUUCCAAAAAAGUUAUUAGUCCUUGUCACACAUCAUCAUCAUGAUCACAUUGAGGGCCUUUCCGUCGUUCAGAGAUGCAAUCCUGAUGCUGUUCUUCUGACUCACGAAAACACAAUGAACCGCAUUGGGAAAGGAAAUUGGCAGAUUCACUACACUGCAGUAACCGGUGGUGAAAAGAUAUGCAUAGGUGACCAAGAACUACAAGUUAUUUAUGCUCCUGGUCAUACUGAUGGUCAUGUGGGGCUUCUCCAUGUUAAUACCAAUACAUUAAUUGUUGGAGAUCAUUGCGUAGGGCAUGGAAGUGCAACAUUGGACAGUAGAAGUGGUGGCAACAUGAAGGAUUACUUUGAAACCACGUACAAAUUCUUAGACCUAUCACCACAUGUCAUAAUUCCAAUGCAUGGAAGGAUCAACCUAUGGCCCAAGCAUAUGCUCUGUGGAUACCUCAGGAAUCGAAGGUCUAGAGAAGCCUCCAUUCUGAAGACCAUAGAGAAUGGAGCGCAAACUCUGUUUGAAGUAGUAUCGAAGACUUACAGUGAUGUAGACAGGAAGUUGUGGAUCCCUGCUUCUUUCAAUGUUCGCCUUCAUGUUGAUCAUCUGAACUCCCAACAUAAACUGCCCAAGGAUUUCUCCUUGGAAAUGUUCAGUCAAAGUUCUGAUGAUUUUCUCUCUAGCCUUUGAUGGCCAUGUAUGAGAAGGAAAUUCGAAUUCUCAAUUUUGAGUUUUGAUUCCAUUUCAGCUGCUCUUGUUUGCCAUUUUACGAUGAAUAACACAAUCAUGGGAAACCAAUUCUUGUAAUCCAUUAUGUAUGUAGAUUGGGAACCAGGGUUAAUAUUAUUAGACUACAAUUGCAUGAUUAACCACUGCAACAUAUGCAGGACUUCUCAUUGGAGAAUUUUAAGGCGAGCUGUGGAGUGCAUUUCAUAUUCCGUUGGGCGGUGGCGUAUGUGCAAUCCAAUAGCUCCCCAGCUAUCCUUGCGGCAAGUGCCCUUGCUGGUGGUCUGGCAAUUGCUUGCGCUCUCAGUAGGAGCAGGGGCAAGCAAUCAUAGAUUCUGUUGGUCGGUAAUUUCCAGCUACAUGCACGUCAUUUUUUCUCUCCCUAAGAUUCUGCUGCUACCAUUAUGUUGAGUGGAAUGCUGAAUUGCCAAAAUUGUUGGCCUGCGUUUGUGUGGGUGAACUUUGCCACAUCUAUACACAAGGAAAGUGCUCAGAUUAGGGCUUGGAAAGUGUGGGAUUAGGAUAUGAAUUGCUAGGGUUUUCAUCCAAAUUGUACUGAAUCUGAAUUGCAUAGCUCUUACAGCUCACGAUCGAUCGCCUAUCCGACUA